AUGGUGGAAGCAAAAAAAACUGAUCUUUAUACACGACUCAAGGUAUAUGUCGAUGACGAGACAGCAGAGCGUGGCUAUGUGUACUCGCAUCAAAAAGUUGACGUUCAGAUUGAUAUGUUAAAUCAAACAGUCAAGGGUUAUACAGAGAUUAGUCUUAAACCACUUAGAUUUGAUAUUGACAUUAUAAGAUUACAUUGUCGCCAAUGCCGUAUUAGCAGUAUAAAAGUGAAUGAUUUUUUAGCUGAUUUUGAAAUAAACGAGUCUGAAGAUGCAGGAAUCGUGGGUGAGAUAACUAUAUACCUUCCUGAUGAAAUAACUGACAUUCCCAUAAUAAAUGGUGUGAGUAGGUUCUGCUUAAUCUCAAUCGGGUUCUUACUUUCUUAUGUGGCGUUUCAGGCCGAGGAGUGGGUUCCACUUAUUGUUCGCGUCGAUUUCAUUCUAGAAAAACCGAAAGCUGGAGUUCAUUUUAAACUUCCUGAUGAUGAUAAACAAAAAUAUAAAUCCCAGUGCGAUCCAUACAUGUUCACCAUUAAUCGUCCAUUGCCUGGUGCAACAAGGUGUUGGCUUCCAUGUCUUGAUCGCAUUCGUGAUCGUUGUAGCUGGGACUUCUUUAUAACUGUAACAGAUAUAGAAGGCUUCAAUUCGAUUAUGGUAGUUUGUAGUGGGAAUCUUGUUAAAAUGACAAAUUCUCCGAUUUCUCCAAAUCAAAGGACAUUUCAUUAUAAUCAACCAGUUGCAAUUCCAGCACAAUAUAUUGGUGUAGUGUGUGGUCCUUUCGUUGACCCAUUUGUGCUGAAUUAUCCUCUUGAAGCGCUUCCUCCUAAUAGACCAAAGAUAAUUGCUUACAUUUCUGAAGAAUGGCAGCACUGGUUAUUACCUACUCUAUACCCUGAUGGUGAUGAUGAACCUACAGAAGAUACUUACUGGCUACAUCGAGCAAUGGAUUAUUUCAUUGAAGAAUAUUCUCAUUUUAAUUUACAUCCUGAAUUUGAUAAAAAUAAUCCAACUGUAAAAUCCGGAAGCUUUCCAUUCAAGCGAUUUCAAAUAGUUUUCGUUGACCACUCUUACUCCGAAGUAAAUGUAUGCGCCGGACUUUUAAUAUGUCGUUUGAACAUAUUAUACAACAAGUGUAUUAUUGAUCAAAGGGAGAAGACAAGGCGUGCCUUAAUAGCUGCAUUGGCACAGCAGUGGUUUGGAAUAUUUGUUCCUCCUUAUUCAUGGCGUGAUUAUUGGCUUGCAGGUGGAUUGUCCAAUUUCUGGACAAGCAUGUAUUUUCAAAAAAUAUAUGGGAUUCCAGAUUCACGUUACCAGCGUAAAAAGGACAUUGAACUCGUUUGUGAUCUUGAUGUUAACCGUCAUCCUUUAUGCACGCUAGACAUCUCUUUACCAUUUCAAUCAAAGGAUAUAGAAUUUAUAAACCUCAAAGCAUCACUUGUUCUUUGGAUGCUUAAUAAACGUUUAACCUUCCUUGAUUAUCGUCGUGGAAUCCCAGGAAUAAUCUACCUUAUUCUUAAUGGGGCCAAAGAAGAUGUGCAAAAGGGCAAACGACCAGGCUUUUUACAUACGGAGGAAUUUCUUGAGAUGUGUAAAAGUGUAAUUCGACAAGAACUCCGUAACGAAGUUAAAAAAUUCGAGAAACAAUGGAUAUAUGGUUCUGGUUGUCCAAAAUUCAAAAUACGUGCAACCUUCAAUCGAAAAAAAUUGGCUGUCGAGUUUAAAUUCGAACAGGAAAAUACUAAUGCUUCAAGUUCUGAUGGUGUGAGCGGAUUGCAAUCAACACAUACUCCUCGAUUUACGGGUCAUAUGGAUAUUGCAAUUAAAGAACCUGAUGGAUUGGAAUAUAUACAUACGAUAUAUAUCCAAGAAAAGCGUGAAUCUCAUUCUCUUUUUUAUCACACUAAAUAUAAACGAUCGAAACUCAACAUCAGACCACACAUGCGCCGUGAAAAAGGUAAUUUAGAAGCUCACCCACCAUCUAGUGUAUUCGAUGAAGACCAAAGAGAUUUCCCAUUACAAUGGGGGAUGGAUCCUGAAUCUGAUUCGGAAGACCUCCCAGAUUGGAAAAUACAAGAAUGGGUUCAGGAAUAUCAUGCAACUAGUGAUCAAUGGGAAUGGAUUCGAGUUGAUGAUGCAUUUAGUUGGAUUGCAAUCAUUGAUUUCGAACAAGACGAUUAUAUGUGGGCUGCGCUGUUGGAAUCUUCACGUGAUGUAAUUGCUCAUUAUGAGGCUAUAAAAGCGUUAUCUAAAAAACCAUCUCGUGCGUGUUCGACUACUCUUAUGCGAACAAUCCGUGAUUGGCGAUACUAUUACAGGAUUCGAAUGGAUGCCGCUCUUGCAAUGGCUAAAUGUGCGACUAAUGAUUUAGACUUCAUUGGUAUCAGUCAAUUAAUGAAAAUAUAUGAAACCGAUUAUUGCGAACGUCGGAUUGAAGGAGGAUUCUUUCCCAAGAUAAAUGAUUUUAGUGAUUGGGAGGAAUAUUAUGUUCAAAGGACAAUACCUUAUGCUUUAUCAUGCGCUCGAGAUUCGGGAAAUACACCAUCGCAUGUAAAAGAAUAUUUACUCUAUCUUUUGAGCUGGAACGAUAAUCAAACAAAUACGUAUUCCGAUGAUUAUUUCGUCGCUAAUCUCAUUGAAUCAUUGGGAAAUACUUUUAUUCCAGAUGAUGAUCAAGUACAAGAAGGAUCUGCUGAUGUGGAAGUCUUUGAUUUUGCUUCCCAAUCUCGAGAUCACUUGGAAGAGACUUUGGAAACAUUAAAAAGAUAUUUUAGUCGACAUGAACUGUUCGGUUCAUAUCAAGCAUUAAUUGUUGUAGCAAUUAUUAAGGUUCGCAUGCAUCUUAUGCUAAACCAAUUAAUCGCAGUGGAUGGUAGAGAAUUUGUUCUUCAUGCACGAUAUGGUAAUUAUGUUGGAGUUCGUAUUGCUGCCUUCGAAGCAUUAAUUGCGUUGGAUUUACACCAAAAACCAGAAGUUGCAAAAUUUUUCGAUUUUCUUGUUGAAAAAGAUUCUGAUUUGGCAGUCAGACGUUUUCUUAAUGCUAAGUUCAGAGAAGAUAGAGGACCAUGGUGUUGGAAUUCCCCUAGAAAAAUUAGAUCGGUACCAACCUUAAUAGUUCGUUACAAUCGAACUACUCAUCUUGGAGCUUCUCAUAAACUUUCUGGACCAAUUUAUCAGUCUGCUCCUUCUAAUCCUAUAAUUUCUUCUGCUGGCAAAAAAGGGACCAGCAUAUCUGAGAUGAAUUCCUCUCAAUAUUUAGGAAUGCACGAGCAGAAUUCAAAAACAUUAAGGCUUAAAAAGUCUCGUGAAUCUUCUCAAAAAUCAUCUGACACGAUACAGAAAUUUUAUUCGCAUAUUAAUAAUGAUCCUACAUCAAUAGGAAUAGCAGGUGUCAAGAAUGUAGAGUCAGAAUUAGAGUCUGUUACUCCACCUAAUAAGGUUAUUUUAAACGUUCAAUCAAGAAUGAAGACAAAUGAGGGUCAUGAAUUUAACUCAUUAGUCUCUGAAAACGGUCAAUUCACCCAAACUGACAAUCAAAAAAUAUCAUCACCUUUUCAAGAUCAUGCAAUAGCAGAGAGUUCAAAUCAAGUCCAAUUUGAUGAAAAUUCAAUUCCACGGUCCUUAGCACAAAAUCUUCGUAGUCAGAAAAAGUUAAUAAGUAAAGCAUCACAUUUACCUUUAUCGGAAUCAGAGGAUUUAUCUUUGUCUGAAGAGGACAUGCUAAUUAAGAGCAAAAAAAGGGAAGGAUCCGAAUAUGUGGUUGAAUCGCGUAAAAGGGAAGAAAUCGAUAUUUGUAAAAUCAUGAGAUAA